GGGAUUGGUCACUUAAUGUAUUUGGAACUGAGGAAAAGAUUGCAACAUGUGGGUGUUAGAACAGUACUUUGCUGGGGAGAUAAGGAGUCUGAAGGAUUUUGGCUUAAGCAGGGGUUUUCAGUUAUUGGUCAAGUUGACACGAAAGGCAGAGCUCGCAGGCUCCCUAUCAAGGCUGAUAUUCGAAAAGCAUUGUGCUUUCCUGGUGGUUCAAAUCUCAUGAUUUCUCAUUUCAAUAAGGAUAACUUACACGGUUCUGCAGUGUAUCUAAAUCUGAAGUUCCCUUUAAAGCCUUCACUAGAGGAUUGCCGAUCUCCAAUGCGCCAAGAACAAAGGGAUACUCUGUCUGAGGGAGAUAAUCUUUCCCAGAGCAGAAAUCAGGCAACUAAAACUGCGGAUUCUAACUACUAUGGAUAUUUUGUCCAAGAUCGACAUCUUAAGAGCUUGUACAAAAUUGUCGCAGCACGUGAAAAUAAGACAUUAGAGCUUGGAUACUGUCACCAAGUUGGUUGAAAGAAAGCUUCCGGAAUGGCAAAUUUAUCGAUGGAUGAAAUGCCUUCUAUUUCGAGGGAUGAAGAUUAUGAACUGAAGUAAAGAAGUGAGCUAAAAGGGGCAGUUCUUAGAGCAAAAGCAUACCCCCAAGCUCUACUCAAGGGUUAUGACAUAUGUCUUGCUGCUCAUAUUCAUCCUCCAGUUGGUACUUUAUCAUCCAUUGUGAAAUCUGCAGGCGGAAAUGUUAUAUGCGGACUCGAUCAAGUGAAAGACGAAUCUAAAACCAUAUUCAUCGCAUGCGAAGAAGACAUGGAUGAAGCGUUGUCAGCAGUGAAGAAGGGACUAUGGACUUUCAGCAGUGACUGGUUUAUGAACUGUGUCAUGAAACAAGAGCUUGACUUAGGAGCUCCUCAAUUUGCGGAGUCCCUCUAAGGCACAUAUAACAUAUAUAUAUAUGAGCAAACUGGUCUGAUAAAUACGAAAAAAAUGUGAAUAUCUCUUACAAAGAACGUUGAAGAAAAAACUCAGGACUAAUGUACAUGUGCUGUUUGUAUCGACAGUUGGGGAGAAACACAACAGGUGUUUUAGUUUCUUAUAAAUUAUGAAAUGGAGUUAUACUCAA